GCUGUGCCACGGGACGGCUUCUAAAUGGUCGACCAAAAACGUUUACUGUAAUUCUACACUGUCGUUUUAUUUUGUAAAAAAAAGUUCGAUUAAGAUCAAGGUAAAACAAUGAUGAUGGACAAAACAUAUUCUUAAAGAGAAUGUUUUUUCUUCAAUAGUUGUGAUAUUUAUAUAUUAAUUGUGUAUCCCUUGGUCAGUGCUUGGUCGUACGGAGGCGGAUGUGUUGUUUACUGUAGCUGAAAUGCUAGCUAACCUCAUACGCCAUGUCUAGUACUUUGGGAAGGAGGGUAUAUUUGCUUUCUCGAAAGUACAUUUAGGUGCUCCGAUCUACAAGACAGCGUUUUGCCUCGCAACAGUAACGUUUGAGGCCAAGAUGAUCGAGGUGGUGGCCUCCAUGGCCCGAGGCCCUGUGUUUCUCGCCGGGGAGCUCAUGGAGUGUCUCAUAACAUUCACCAACCCGAUGUCCCACCUGUCCACCUCUGCCAGCAGUGAGAUGCUGGCAUGGGCCAGUGCUCAGAUCCACUGCCAGUUUCAUGCCAGUGAGAACAGAGUGGCUCUGCCGACCCAGGGCAACAAACACGAUGUCCAGGCUGAGAGCAACACAGUGCUUGUUCCAAGCAGAGGAGAGCGGGGUCAAUGUGUGCUGGACACACCACCUAAAAUAUUAUUCUGUGACCUGCGCCUGGACCCCGGGGAGAGCAAAACCUAUUCAUACAGUGAGAUCGUACCCAUAGAUGGUCCUCCUAGUUACCGUGGUCAGGCGGUGAAGUACGUGUAUAAACUAACCAUCGGCUGCCAGAGAGUCAACUCGCCCAUCAAACUGCUCCGAGUUCCCUUCAGAGUGCUGGUUCUACAAGGCAUGCCAGAGCCUCCAUUUCCCCAGGACGAGGAAGUUUGCCCCUCCAACCCUUUCCUGGAGGAAGAGGAAGCGAGCCGCAGGGAUGCUCGACCUUUAGAAAGAGCUCUGGACAUGCUGAUGAUCACCACAUCGAGACGUUGCCCCCACAUGUUUAAUAUCACCAAUAUGCGUGGGAAAGUGGCAAAGUUCUGCAUCUUCAAGAUGGUUUACAGACUCGGCGAGGACAUCGUUGGCACAUUUAACUUCUCAGAGGGAGAUAUUCCCUGCCUGCAGUAUUCGGUGAGCAUUCAGAGUGAGGAGGAGAUUCAGCAGCAGCACCAGCGGCACCCCGGACAGAUCCUCAGUGUGACAGGACACGGGCGCCACAUGGAGUCGUGCCUGCACACCGCCUCCAGCCACUUCUCUCUGCCCAUCCCGCUCAACGUCACGCCGGGCUUCAGCACCGACAUAGUGAUGCUGAGGUGGCGCCUUCACUUUGAAUUCGUCACCGCCCGGGAGCCUAUGGAGCCGCCCACAGUUCUGCAGAACCAAUCGGAGGUCACCGUAUGGGCAGGGGCGGAGCAUGUGGACGUGGACACCUUCAGCUGGGAUCUGCCUAUCAAAGUCUUCCCCACCAACCCGGCCUUGGCAUCCUACAUGUCCCACUUUUCAGGGACCAACAGCAUCACCAUUUGACGUGUGUGUGUGUGUGUGUGUGUGUGUGUGUGUGUGUGUGUGUGUGUGUGUGUGUGUGUGUGUGUGUGUGUGUGUGUGUGUGUGUGUGUGUGUGUGUGUGUGUGUGUGUG